AUGGAGUUGCUCGUGUCCUCCAACUCAUCGACCGCGGCCGCGGUCACAUUUAUUACUUUUGUCCAAGAUUUGAAACGCAAGACCAAGCAAUGGGGCCCUAUGAUCGAGUUAUGUGCCGGCGGAGAGAAGACACUAGAACGCUUUCGUUACCAGUUUCCGGAUGACUGGCUAUACAGCGACCAGCUACAGGGCGAGUGGAGCGCGUUCAACGAAAUCUUGAAGAGGAAGAACGAUUCCAUUCAGGAACAACUCGCUGGCCUCCAACUAAAGAUUGUUGCCGAGGACAAGAUUGUCGAGAACAAGAUAAAUGACAUUAUCCAAGAAUGGGAGCAGUCGCGGCCAGUCCAAGGCAGCAUGCGCUCUGACACCGCUUUGAACACUAUCAAUGUAUUCGAAGGCAAGCUCACGCGUAUACAGGAAGAGUACGACCUCGUAUGCAGGGCGAAGGAGGCACUGGAUCUGGAGCUUAUACGACACACUCGUCUGGACCCCGUAUUCGAGGAGCUUCGGGACCUAAAGGCAGUCUGGACAGCGCUCUCUGGCAUUUGGAACCAGAUUGGCGAGCUAAGAGAAAUGUCAUGGGCGACCGUGCAGCCGAGGAAACUUAGACAGCAGAUAGAUGGACUUCUGUCGUCGACAAAGGAGAUGCCUACUAGAAUGCGACAGUAUGCCGCUUUCGAAUAUGUACAAGAUAUCCUACGAGGUCUACUCAAAGCGAAUACCCUCGUUUCUGAACUGAAAUCAGAAGCGCUCAAGGAUAGACACUGGAAGCAGUUGUUCAAGAAUUUACGGGUACCGAAUCAAGUCAGCUUGACACUCAUGACUCUCGGGCAUGUUUACGACAUGGACCUACGGAAGAAUGAGAAUCCUAUCAAGGAGGUCAUCAUUCAGGCGCAAGGAGAGAUGGCUCUGGAGGAGUACAUUCGCCAAGUCAAAGAGACAUGGACGAGUUACACUCUCGAUCUCGUCAAUUAUCAGAAUAGAUGCCGUCUUAUUCGAGGCUGGGAUGAUCUCUUUAACAAGUGCAGUGAGAAUCUGAACUCUCUUGUCGCCAUGAAGCUCUCUCCAUAUUAUAAAGUAUUUGAAGAAGAAGCGGGCUCGUGGGAGGAGAAACUUAACCGGAUCCAUGUCCUCUUUGACGUGUGGAUCGACGUCCAACGGCAGUGGGUAUACUUGGAAGGUAUUUUUUCUGGGAGCGCAGACAUCAAGCAUCUUCUGCCUGUCGAGAGCGCGCGGUUCCAAAAUAUCAAUACAGAGUUCUUAGCGGUCAUGAAGAAAGUGUACAAGUCACCUUUCGUGAUCGAUGUCAUGAAUAUUGCCGGUAUACAGAAGAGUCUCGAGCGUCUAGCGGACUUACUCAACAAGAUACAAAAGGCUCUGGGAGAAUAUCUCGAGCGAGAGCGUGCAUCCUUCCCUCGAUUCUAUUUUGUCGGUGAUGAAGACUUGUUGGAGAUCAUCGGCAACAGCAAAGAGAUCUUGCGUAUCAUGAAGCAUCUGAAGAAGAUGUUUGCCGGAAUUUCUACCAUCAUGCUGGAUGACGAUCUCACGCAGAUACAGGGCAUGGCAUCUCGUGAGGGUGAAGAGGUUCGGUUCAAGGACCCUAUCUUGCUAAAAGACUAUCCCAAAAUCAAUGAUUGGCUAACCAAACUCGAGGCAGAGAUGAGAAUCUCGUUAGCACAGCUACUGUGCGACGCUGUAUCCGAGCUGCAGACAUUCUAUGGCUCCACCACUCCUUUACCCCAAGACCAAUUUAUGGCAUGGCUAGAAAAAUAUCCUGCCCAGCUCGUGACCCUCGCUAUCCAGGUUGCGUGGACUAUCUCUGUCGAGACUGCAUUAGAAAGCUCUGGAAGCCUAGAAGCACCAUUGGAUAUCGUACGACAAGGCCUUGACCUCCUCGCGGAUGUCGUCCUCACCGAGCUCAGUCCUGUCACGCGACGCAAGUGCGAGCACCUCAUUACGGAGCUUGUUCACCAGCGAGACGUUUUGCGCACUCUCAUGCAGCAGCGAGUCUCGGACAACAGAGCCUUCCAGUGGCUAUACCAGAUGCGCUUUUACCUGGAUCAGACACUGGAGAACCCUCUCGAUCGGUUGGCCAUCCGAGUUGCGGAUGCAUCUUUCCCAUAUGGGUGGGAGUAUCUCGGAGUUCCAGAUCGACUGGUGCAAACACCACUUACAGACAGAUGUUACUUGACUUUAACUCAAGCUUUGGACAAUCAACUUGGUGGUUCACCCUUCGGUCCAGCAGGAACUGGCAAAACCGAAUCCGUCAAGGCACUCGGAGUGCAACUCGGCCGUUUUGUCUUGGUCUUCUGCUGCGACGAAACUUUCGAUUUCCAGGCCAUGGGCCGUAUCUUUGUUGGUUUAUGUCAAGUUGGAGCAUGGGGAUGUUUUGACGAGUUCAAUCGCUUGGAAGAGCGCAUCCUGAGUGCUGUAUCUCAGCAGGUCCAGAGCAUCCAACAGGGACUUGCUGCGCUCGUCAAGAAUCCGAAUACUGAGAUUGAGUUAGUAGGCAAGAGUGUGAAGGUGAAUAAGAAUAUGGGUAUGUUCAUAACGACGAAUCCAAACUACGCGGGCCGGUCGACCUUACCACCCAAUUUGACCAAGUUGUUCCGACCGAUGGCCAUGACACGUCCUGACCGGGAGCUCAUCGCUCAAGUUAUGCUGUUCUCUCAAGGAUUCCGUACCGCAGAGUCUCUUGCUUCCAAGAUCGUACCAUUCUUCAACCUCUGUGACGAACAACUCUCCCCUCAGCCUCACUAUGAUUUCGGUCUUCGCGCUCUGAAAGCUGUCUUAGCCAGUGCUGGUAUUCUCAAGCGUGAACGCCUCCAGAGCGCAAGGUCCGAAGACGGCAGCAUAGAAGAUGCAGGGGCUUUGUCUGAUAUGAUUUCUGAACAAGUCAUCUUAAUCCAGAGUGUCACAGAGACCAUAGUCCCUAAAUUGGUCGCAGAAGAUGUCCCUCUCUUGACAAGUCUUCUUGCCGACGUGUUCCCGGGAACGGACUAUGUGCCAGUGAAUUUGGACGCCUUGAGAGAGCAAAUUGGCAAAGUCUGCGCUGAGCGUCGCUUGAUCGAGGGGGACAGAUGGGUUUCCAAGAUUCUCCAGCUGUAUCAAAUCCAGAAAAUACAGCAUGGGUUAAUGAUGGUGGGCUCGUCCGGCAGUGGCAAGACCAAUGCAUGGCAGGUUCUCCUAGCGGCUCUCGAACGGCUCGAUGGCAUCGAAGGCGUCUCGUAUGUGAUCGACCCUAAGGCUAUGGAUAAAGAUGCUCUCUACGGCACUCUAGAUCCAACUACUCGAGAGUGGAACGAUGGCCUUUUCACGCACACGUUGCGUAAGAUAGUCGAUGACGUUCGCGGUGAAAGUGGCAAAAGACACUGGAUCAUCUUUGAUGGUGACGUUGACCCCGAGUGGGUUGAGAAUUUGAACAGUGUCCUGGAUGAUAACAAGCUGUUAACUCUUCCGAAUGGAGAGCGGUUGAAUCUUCCACCGAACGUAAGGAUCAUGUUUGAGGUGGAACAUCUUAGAUAUGCAACACUUGCUACGGUCAGUCGAUGCGGAAUGAUCUGGUUCAGCGAAGAUGUCGUCGAGCCCGACAUGGUCUAUCGUCAUUACCUUGAAACUUUGUCAACUGUCCCACUGGAUGCUGAGGACGAGGAGAUAGAUUUGACUGGUCGCCGCGCGGACGCGGUUCUUUCGGAUGCAACGUCAUCAGGGAAUCUCGUCACACAGAAGCAAAUUGCGACUCUACUUGAGCCGUACUUCGCGGAAGAUGGUUUAGUUACUGCUGCCCUCGGCUUCGCUGAAUCAAUCGAACAUAUCAUGGAUUUCACUGCUACACGUGCCAUGAACACACUGUUCUCUCUCGUCAACAAGACUGUCCGCAAUGUCAUCGAAUAUAAUCUACAGCACUCUGACUUCCCGCUACCUCCCGAGCGCGUCGAACAAUACGUCACAAAGCGACUCCUGGUCAAUAUUAUCUGGGCCUUUUCUGGAGAUGCUCGAUUAGAACUCCGCGCCGAUAUGGGGGAAUUCCUGCGUAAACAAACCGGAGUCGAUUUGCCACCGUUAGGUCAGGGUGGCUCUCUACUUGAUUAUGACGUUCAAGUGGGUAAUGGAGAGUGGUUCUCGUGGCAAACAAGAGUUCCUGUCAUCGAAAUUGAGCCUCAUGCAGUGACGGCCUCUGAUGUGGUCGUUCCGACUGUCGACACCGUUCGCCACGAGGAGGUUCUAUAUUCCUGGUUGUCAGAACACAAACCUCUAAUGCUCUGUGGUCCUCCGGGUUCUGGUAAAACGAUGACAUUGUUCAGCGCUCUCCGAAAACUCCCGGACAUGGAGGUCGUGGGCCUGAAUUUCUCUAGUGCCACUACACCGGAGCUGAUAUUGAAGACAUUUGAGCAAUACUGCGAGUACCGCAAGACACCCAACGGGGUCAUUCUUGCUCCUGUGCAGAUCGGGCGAUGGCUGGUCGUUUUCUGUGAUGAGAUCAAUUUACCUGCGACUGAUAAAUAUGGCACUCAGCGAGUUAUUUCCUUUAUUCGGCAGCUGGUAGAAUGUGGUGGAUACUGGAGGACGUCUGAUAUGGCAUGGGUUAAACUGGAGAGGAUUCAAUUUGUGGGUGCAUGCAAUCCACCCACAGAUCCUGGACGUGUUCCUCUCAGCCACAGAUUCCUCCGCCAUGCACCUCUCGUGAUGGUGGAUUAUCCCGGAGAGCUAUCGCUGAAGCAAAUCUAUGGAACCUACAAUCGCGCCCUGCUGAAAGUGGUUCCCAACCUGCGCACCUACGCAGAACCGCUUACUGAUGCCAUGGUGACGCUCUACUUGGCGUCACAGAAACGUUUCACGACCGAUAUACAAGCUCACUACGUUUACAGUCCUCGAGAGCUGACUCGAUGGGUGCGCGGUAUAUAUGAAGCAAUCAGACCACUGGAAAUCUUACCAGUUGAGGGUCUCGUACGUGUAUGGGCUCAUGAAGCUCUGCGUCUAUUCCAAGAUAGGCUAGUCACUGAAGAGGAGAAACAAUGGACGGACGACAGCAUCGAUGCAGCUUCCAUGGAACAUUUCCCUACGAUCAACCGCGACGAGGCACUAGCGAGACCCAUUUUGUUCUCGAACUGGACAUCUAAGAACUACAUCCCAGUUGAUCGGGAAGUUCUUCGCGAAUACACCAAGGCGCGCCUUCGGGUAUUCUACGAGGAAGAGUUGGAUGUGCCUCUUGUCCUUUUCAAUGAUGUCCUUGACCAUGUCCUUCGCAUCGAUCGUGUCUUCCGCCAAGUGCAGGGCCACCUGCUGUUGAUUGGAGUCAGCGGCAGCGGCAAGACGACGCUGUCCCGUUUUGUUGCAUGGAUGAAUGGCUUGAAUAUCUUCCAAAUCAAAGUCUCGAACAAGUAUACUGGUGAUGAUUUUGACGAAGAUCUACGAACUGUCCUGCGACGUGCCGGGUGCAAGGGAGAGAAGAUAUGCUUCAUAAUGGAUGAAUCAAACGUGUUGGAUUCCGGAUUUUUGGAGCGCAUGAACACUCUUCUAGCAAAUGCCGAAGUUCCCGGUUUAUUCGAGGGAGAUGAACAUUCUGCGCUCAUGACCGCUUGCAAGGAAGGUUCUCAGCGGGAUGGUCUGAUGUUGGACUCGCACGAGGAGCUUUAUCGCUGGUUUACUCAACAGGUAGCGAAAAAUCUCCAUGUUGUCUUCACCAUGAACCCGCCUGAAAAUGGCUUGGCGUCGCGGGCAGCCACGUCCCCUGCUUUGUUCAAUCGUUGUGUACUGGAUUGGUUUGGGGACUGGUCGGAUCAGGCAUUCUAUCAAGUGGGCAUGGAGUUCACCAAUACCCUGGAUCUGGAUCUUCCUUCCUAUAGUCCGCCUGCGAUGUUCCCUAUUGCGUAUCGAGAGCUGUCUAUGCCUCCCGUUCAUCGAACUGCCGUAGUCAACGCGCUCGUGCAUGUGCAUCAGUCGUUGCAUCAGAUCAACCAGCGUCUCAGUCGCCGACAGGGGCGCUAUAACUACGUUACUCCACGUCAUUAUCUUGACUUCAUCAAUCAUUACGUUCGCUUGCACAAUGAAAAGCGAGAGGAAUUGGAAGAACAACAGCGUCAUCUUCACGUAGGGCUGGACAAACUUCGAGAUACUGUAACCCAGGUUGAAGAGUUGCGAAAGAGCCUUGCGAUCAAGCGUUCCCAAUUGGAAGCCAAGAAUGCUGAAGCCAAUGAAAAACUGAGGCGCAUGGUCUCUGAUCAACAAGAAGCGGAGCAGAAGAAAGCGGCAUCCAUCGAGAUACAGGCUGCCCUCGUCGAACAGGACAAACACAUCGAGCAGCGUCGCGCCGUUGUGAUGGCUGACCUUGCUGAUGCCGAACCUGCCGUUCUUGAAGCUCAAGCAGCAGUCAGCAAUAUCAAGAGACAGCAUCUCCAGGAGGUCCGUACAAUGGCAAACCCACCAGAAGCCGUCAAAUUAGCUAUGGAGUCUGUCUGCACUCUCUUGGGGCACAAAAUCGACAGCUGGCGUACCGUCCAAGGUAUCAUCCGGCGAGAUGAUUUCAUCCAGAGGAUCGUGAAUUUCGAUACGACAAAUCAGCUAACAAAACAACUGCGCGAUAUCAUGAAGCGGGACUUCUUGAGUCGUCCGUCGUUCAACUUCGAGACUGUUCAACGAGCUAGCAAGGCUUGUGGUCCGUUGGUGAAGUGGGCUAUAGCACAAGUUCGAUUCUCCGAGAUUCUCGAUAAAGUGGAACCCCUGCGGAACGAAGUUCAAUCUCUAGAGGAUCAAGCGGAACACACGAAGCAACAGGCGAAGAUGAUCAUAAACAUGAUUUCCGAGCUAGAAUCGAGCAUAGAGAAGUAUAAAGAUGAAUACGCGGCUCUUAUUCGAGAAACUCAAGCGAUCAAGACUGAAAUGGAACGGGUUGAAAGCAAGGUGGACCGUAGCAUGAAGCUUCUUGAAAGUCUCUCCUCUGAGAAAUCUCGAUGGGAGCUCGGUAGCCGUACUUUCGAUACUGAAAUGGGUACUAUCGUUGGCGAUGUGCUACUUUCAGCCGCCUUCUUAGCUUACGGAGGUUUCUUCGACCAGCACUAUCGAGAGGUGAUGUGGCAAGAAUGGUCCGCUCAUCUUGCGGAAGCCAACAUCAAAUAUAAAACCGAGCUGUCUCUGCCGGACUAUCUGUCAACCGCCGAUGAUCGCCUCAGCUGGCAAUCCAAAGGCCUACCUUCUGACAACCUAUGCACUGAGAAUGCCAUUAUGAUCAAACGCUUCAGUCGUUACCCGCUAAUUAUUGAUCCCACCGGUCAAGCAACUGCUUUCUUGCUCAAUGAGUACAAGGAUCGGAAGAUCACCGUCACCAGUUUCUUGGACGAGGCGUUUUUGAAGGUACUGGAGAGCGCGUUGCGGUUUGGGAACACUCUUCUCAUUCAAGAUGUCGAACACCUUGAUCCCAUUCUCAACCCCGUACUCAAUAAGGAGAUUCGGAGGACCGGAGGCCGUGUGCUCAUUCGUCUCGGAAGUCAAGACAUCGAUUUUUCACCCUCGUUCACGAUGUUUUUGUCGACGCGGGACCCAUCAGUUGAAUUCUCCCCUGAUAUCUGCAGUCGGGUCACCUUCGUAAACUUCACUAUGACUAGGAGCAGUCUGCAGAGCCAAUCCCUCGACCAGGUCCUUAAAGUUGAACGCCCAGACACAGAACGGAAGCGAACAGACUUGAUGAAGAUGCAGGGUGAAUUCCGCCUUCGUCUGAGGACUCUGGAAAAACUCUUGCUACAAGCAUUGAAUGAGUCUACGGGUAACAUUCUCGAUGAUGACAAGGUAAUCGACACCUUAGAGACGCUAAAACGAGAGGCCGCCGAGAUUACGCGGAAAGUUGAGGAAACCGAUCUGGUAAUGAAGGAGGUCGAAGAGGUCACCGCGGAAUACCUUCCACUAUCGCAAGCCUGCAGCGCCGUAUUCUUCAUUCUUGACCAGCUCAACCUCGUCAAUCACUUCUAUCAAUUCUCGCUGCGGUUUUUCCUCGACAUCUUUGACUAUAUCUUGCACCACAACCCUAACCUGAAGAACGUCACCGACCAGAAUCGUCGCAGAGACAUUCUCCUAAGUGAUCUAUUCCUCAUGGUCUACAAGAGAACGUCGCGUGCUUUGUUCCAUCGUGACCACGUCAUGCUUGCUGUCCUACUUGCACAAGUCAAGCUUCGUGGAGUAGAAGAAAUCGCGGAUGAACUAGAGUUCCUCUUGGAAAGCGGGGAAGGGGCAAUGUCGACCAACUCGGGCAAUGUCGACCUGCACGACUGCGCAUUCUUGUCUAUUGACCAGAAGCAACGCCUGGAGAGCUUUGGGAAACAACCCCUGUUCAAGACUGUCAUCGAUCAUGUAUUGCAGCACGAAGAUCAGUGGAUACCCUUCCUCGAGUCCAGCACUCCGGAACAAAUGGUUCCGUCGCCAUGGGACCCUAGCACUCCUGCUAUCGAAGCUAUACGCCGGAUGCUGAUUAUCAAAUGUCUGCGCCCCGAUCGACUAUUACAAGCGACAGCGUCCUUCGUACGGGGUGUGUUCGACACUGACAUGAACGCCCAGUCCGGUUACGACCUAGGCUCUAUGGUCAACGAUGAGGUCCUUCCUGUUACACCUCUAUCUCUUGUCUCCGUGAAAGGCUACGACGCAAGCUACCGUGUAGAAAAUCUGGUCCAGAAUACAGGCGCGCGUUGCGCAUCCGUGGCGAUGGGUUCUCAAGAAGGUUUCACACUGGCCGAUCAAGCAAUUGCAUUUGCUGCCCGCCAAGGCUCUUGGGUGCUACUCAAGAAUGUUCACUUGGCUCCGUCGUGGCUUGGUCAGUUGGAGAAGAAAUUGCAGACGCUUAACCCGCACCGGAACUUCCGCCUGUUCCUCACAAUGGAGGACAACCCGAGUAUUCCGGUCAACAUCCUACGACAGUCGAGGAUUCUCAUGAACGAACCGCCUCCGGGGAUCAAAGCCAAUCUCACGGACUCUCUUCGCACUAUUCCAACCGCGCGGCUCUCGCAAGGACCUGCGGAGAAAGCCCGCCUGUAUUUCCUCCUUGCUUGGUUCCAUGCGGUUGUGCAAGAGCGCCUACGGUACGUUCCACUUGGGUGGAGCAAAGUUUACGACUUUAACGACUCCGACAUGGCUUCUGCAUUUACAACGAUUGAUACAUGGAUCAACUCUGUCGCCAAGGGCCGUGCCAACAUCGACCCAGCUCUGAUUCCGUGGGACGCGGUUCGAACGCUCGUGAAGCAAUGCGUCUAUGGAGGCAGAGUCGACAGUGACUUUGAUCAGAAGAUCUUGGAUGCCUUCGUCGACGGGCUGUUCACACCAUCCGCAUACAACGUUGAUUUCGACCUAGUCCCAAGCGCUACUGGCUCUCAGGUGCUGGGCGUUCCCGACGGCACUAAAUUAGAGCACUUCUUAUCGUGGGCACAAAAGCUGCCUGAACGGGAGCCACCUGCCUGGCUCAGUCUUCCUCCCACUGCGGAACGAGUCAUUGCUAUCGCACAGGGUAAUGAGCUUUUAGGCAAGCUCAGGAAGAUGAGAACGCUGGCGGAUGACGAUGAUGAGACUGCCGCCACAAGCACCGGUCCAACAAAAGGACAAACCUCUCAACAGCCCGCCUGGAUGAGAACGUUGCUGGAGCGUUGCCAAGAGUGGCUGCAGCAGCUACCGUCGACGUUCAACACGCUUGCGAAGCAAAGUGCCGACAAUCAGGACCCCCUGUACCGGCUGUUCUAUCGCGAAGGGACGAUCGGCAGUAAGCUCCUCGUGCAAGUGCGCCGAGACCUGGCCGAUGUUAUCAAGGUUUGCGAGGGCGCCCUGAAGCAGACCAACCAUCUCCGCACGUUGAUGAGCUCCUUGACCAAAGGUACCAUACCCACCCACUGGCAGCGGUACAAAGUGCACAAAGCGCUGGCCGUGUCUGGCUGGGUCUCGGACUUUGCGCGUCGUCUGGCGCAGCUCGACCAGAUUGCCAGCUUGGACAACUUGAGCAACAUCGAGGUUUGGCUCGGGGGGCUGUUCUUCCCCGAGGCGUAUAUUACGGCCACACGUCAGGCGGUGGCACACCGCAAGAAAUGGAGUCUAGAAACGCUGCACCUGCAACUCGACAUCGGCAAGGUCAACGACCCAGGUGCAUUUAUUGUUGAUGGUCUUGUUCUUGAAGGUGCCACAUGGGAUGAGGACAAGCUCGCACUGAACAAUGGGGAGACUGUGAGGUUGAAUCCGUCGCAAAUUCGAUGGGUACAGGCAGACGACUCUGCAACAUCGGGUACCGUGAACUUGCCUGUGUACCUCAACAGCGACCGGAGCCAUGUUUUGUUCACCGUCGAUCUUCCCUUCGACAUUUCGGAAGGCGCGCUGGUGGCCACUAGGGCGGUCUGCCUAACCGCGGGCGGCUAA